GCAAGACCACCCUUUUGCCAUAGCCGCCUUGCCCUUUGUAUUUCUACACGUACGAAUCCAUCUUGACCGGCUGCAGGCAUUGAUCUGUUACCUCUAACCGACACAUAUUGAGGGAUUUACACAAAGAACCUACUGUAGUCAAGGUGAUGUCAUUUUGAUAGCCUACGUGACCAUUGUAUUGAUGUUGCUGAAGAUCACGACUUGAUUAUUUCUCUGGAUGGAUGCUGGUGCCAUGAAAGACAAUGUUUGAACUACUGGAUUCAAAAUCGAACUGACAACGGACAAUAUUUAUAGUUCGGUAAUUCAGACUGCAACUAGUUAGCUCUACGGGUGGCCAUCAGUUGAACAGAAAUCGAAUGGUCCCGUUUAUGAAAGCGUCAUCAGCGACUGGCCAGGUGGAUUUUUUUCAAUAUCCAGCAACAAUACAUUUUCAGGAACCGGAUCACUUGCUUAGAGUCUAGUUUGGACAUUUUUGGUCUCUUUCGCGUGUUCACAAUGCAGUUUCGGACAGUGGUCGAUGUUAAAGUUGUGGAUGUGGAGAAGAGGAGGAAUCCUUCCAAACAUUACGUGUACCUCAUCAAUGUCACCUACUCUGACUCCACCUCCCACAUCAUAUACCGGAGAUACAGCACAUUUUUCGACCUCCAGAUGCAGAUCCUUGACAAGUUCCCAAUUGAGGGAGGGCAGAAAGACCCCAAACAGCGGAUCAUCCCGUUCCUCCCAGGUAAAGUCCUCUUUCGCCGAAGUCAUGUCCGAGAUGUGGCCAUGAAAAGACUGCGGCACAUUGAUGACUACUGCCGGGCUCUUGUGCGACUGCCCCCCCAGAUCUCUCAGAGUGAGGAGGUUCUGCGAUUCUUCGAGACCAAGGCGGACGACCUCAACCCCCCCAAAGAGGACUAUGGCUCCAAACGCAAGUCAGUGUGGAUGUACGGGCUGGCAGAGAGUCCAAAGAAAGAGGUGCCAGGCGGGGACGGCUCGGACCCCAUGGUGCUGGAGCAGUACGUGGUGGUGGCCAACUAUGAGAAGCAGGAGAACUCGGAGAUCAGCCUCAAAGCCGGCGAGCUGGUGGAUGUGAUCGAGAAGAGCGAGAGCGGGUGGUGGUUUGUCAGUACUGCGGAGGAGCAGGGCUGGGUCCCUGCCACGUACCUGGAUUCCCACAACGGCACUCGGGAUGACCUGGAGCUCAGCACCUCCAGGGCUGGAGAAGUCACUAAGCGGCGAAAGUCACACCUGAAGAGGCUGGACCGGAGAUGGACUCUGGGCGGCUUUGUCAACAGACAGCAGAGUCCAGAGGAGAAAUACAUCACAGUGCAGCCGUACACCAGCCAAGGAAAGGACGAGAUCGGCUUUGAGAAAGGGGUCACUGUGGAGGUCAUCCAGAAGAACCUGGAAGGGUGGUGGUUCAUCAGACACCUGGGAAAGGAGGGUUGGGCCCCAGCCUCGUACCUGAAGAAGGUGAGGGAGGACUUCACCCCGCGUAAGAAGACCCUGGCCGGCCCCGUGGAGAUCAUUGGGAAUAUCAUGGAGAUCAGCAACCUCCUCAACAAGAAGGCGACCAGCGAGAGGGACGUGCAGGCAGAUAACGAGCCCGAGGAGCCCCCUCCCACCAAGAGGGAGAUCAGCCUCCCCUUCCCCUGCGAGGAGCCCGGCAGCAGUGCCGCCCUGCUGGACAGCAAGGGCAAAGCAGCCCAGAGCUCCCCCGCCAUCGCCCGCAUCACCCCCCACAGGAUAGACAUCGGUUCUCCCAUCCUCAGACAGAAACCUCCACCUCGAAGAGAGACCGGUCUGGGAUUUCAGUUACCCAAGCCACCAGAGCCCCCUACUGUUGAAGCAGAGUACUACACCAUAGCAGACUUCCAGUCUCGUAUAUCUGAUGGUAUCAGUUUCCAUGGUGGCCAAAAAGCUGAUGUGAUAGAAAAGAACUCUGGAGGGUGGUGGUAUGUUCAGAUCGGGGAUAAGGAGGGCUGGGCGCCCUGCUCUUACAUCGAUAAGAGGAAGAAACCCAAUCUGAACCGAAGGACCAGCACGCUGACCCGACCCAAGGUCCCGCCCCCAGCGCCGCCAAUCAAGAAGCAGGAUUCCGAGGAAGGGGCAGCUCCCGGCAGCCCCGCCGCCGGGGCAACCGAAGCCCCCAGCAAGCCCGUGUACGAGGAGCCGGAGUAUGAUGUGCCCGCCAUCGGGUGCGACCUGGAUCUUGACCUGGACUUCCUGAAGGCGGAGUCCUCCAGGGAGGUGCGGGGUGAGGACGCGUCCUCGGAGAGGGGCUCCCAGCUGAGCUCCUCCAAGCCCUCGCCUGUGUCCUCCCUGCUCAGGGCAUCUUUCAAGGUGGGCGCAUCCACCGAAGACGUGGCCCAGGAGGAGGAGUGCAUCUACGAGAACGACGGCUUCAGGCCAUACUGCGACGAUCCCGCCGCCGUCAGAGUGUCUGGAGGCUCCGGCUCUCCGAAGCCCAGCCCCUUCUCGGCCACCCGCGUAGUCUCCGCCUCCCGGACCUCCCUUGGGGCCGGGGCAGCUGUGAAAAAGAGGGAUUCCGAACUGGCAAGGAGUCAGUCCCUCUCCAAAGCGGAGGAGGCCACGCCCCGUUCUCCUCUGAACGGUUCCACCAGAGGCCUUAACAGGCAGGCCGGCCUCACAAAAGACACAGAGCCCCGAAUGGCUCAGAGCCCCUCCACCAAACCCAAGCCCGUGGUCCGACCCAAGCCCCUUCUGGCUAAAUCGGAGCCGCAGAGUCCGGAGAAGAUGGACAUCAGCACUCUGAGGCGGCAGCUGAGACCGACAGGACAGCUGAGGGCGGGGCCGAAGGCCUCCCGGGGGGGAGAGGACUCGGAGACGGCCUCCGUCAUCUCCUCCGAGGACUCGGGGUCGUCGCGCAGCACCUCGGACCUCUCCAGCAUCUACUCCAAGGGCAGCCGGGGGGACCCGGACCUGGAGGGCUGCUUGUACCGCACCACUGACAGCUACGAGAAGGUGCAGGAUUGCGAGGUCAGCUUCGCGGCGGGUGUGGAGGUGGAGGUGCUGGAGAAGCAGGAGAGCGGGUGGUGGUACGUCAGAUGCGGGGAGGCCGAGGGCUGGGCGCCCACGUACUACCUGGAGCCCCUGAGGUCUCAGCCGGACGCGGCCGGCCUGGAGCCUGACCGGACCGCACCCGUGCUGGGAAGCCUAAGCAAAUCCAACAGCCUGGAGAAGAAUACGCAGCGGGUGCAGGCCCUCAACAACAUCAACCAGAGCCUGAGACGCUCCUCGCCCCCAAUCCCGUCCAAACCGGCGGGCCCCGCCAACGGAGCGGUGAAGAUGCGGAACGGGGUGCGGCAGCUGGCUGUGCGGCCGCAGUCCGUCUACGUCCCCGCGCCCGUCAAAGACACCAACGUCCUGACCGGGUCGCUGCGGAGGAACGAGUCGCUCGGCUCCACAGACGGGCUGAGGUCCGGCGUGGCCGUGCGGCGCAACUCCUCCUUCAACGCCGUCCUGCCACAGACGGGCGACGCCAGGCUGAGGCGGGCCGACCACGCCGGGGCGGGUGGGGCCGACUCCCUGACCCGGGGCGCCCAGCGCAACGGCGUUCCCGUCUCCGCCGUAAGGCCCAAACCUGUCGAGAAGCCCAACCUCAUCCGCAACAACCUCCGGGAGGUCUACAUCACCAUAGCAGAUUACCGCGGCGACGAGGAGACUAUGGGGUUCUCGGAGGGGACGAGUCUGGAGGUUCUGGAGAGGAACCCAAAUGGGUGGUGGUACUGCCAGGUUCUGGACAGCGGGCGCUCUCAGAAGGGCUGGGUGCCCUCAAACUACCUGGAGAGAAAGAACUAGCCUUUCAUGUCUCAAAUAUGUAUAUAUUUUUAAAAAGACAAAAAAAACAAUGUCAUUUGACUAAAAAAAAAGACACUUUCACAGCUGGUUUACUAAAGAUGUAUAGCGUACAUGAGGGCUUUUGCUGGUUGUCAGUGAUAAAGUAUCCACUCACAAAAGAGACUGCUGAGAUUAGCUACUUCAGUGUCUUAAACAUUAUGUGGACAGUGUUGUAGUGAUUGUGAGUUAAAAAAAGAAUGGAGCAGGGUCAUAUUAUAAGUCAUACUUGCUCAUAAGAUGUUCUCAUUAUCAAUUGGGUGCCUUUCAAUGAUUUUGAGCAGAGUGGAUACACUAAAGCAUCAAAGAAACAAGAGCAUAUGUUUUAAUGAAUCAAAAAAUUUCCAUCAUUUUUCAUUGGAACAUUAUUCAGUGCCAUAGACCUAUGAUUAUGGAACAUCAGCAAGUAUAUUUUGUUACUCAGAAGUAAGAAAGAAAAAAGACAGAAAGAAACCAAAGAAAGAAAGAAACCAUUCUUUCUUAAGGGGAAAUGAAUGUGGGGCUUGGAUAAAGCUUGACUGAUAAAAAACUAAGGUUGAUUUUAUCGCAGUAAAAUGCGAUAUUGUGGAUGGGGUACUGAUGACUCAGUGGCAGACACUGAGCUCAGAAAAAGCUCAUUAAUUUCUCCUCUUAAAAGUUGUUGUAUGUUUUAUGUCUUUGACUUCCUUAGAGAUGUAUUUCUGCUUUAGUCUUGUGAUAACCACACUAAACAGUCAGCCUGAAAUUUGAAGUUGUUUAGUCUGGCAAAUUCUAUGCUCUUUGAUAUGUUGUCGAACAGAGUUUCGCUGAUGGUGUCUGUAUACGAAUUUGCUUAAAUUUGUAAUGUUACCCCAUGGUUUAAAUCUGGCUGAUUCUGUCUGUUUAUUUAGGAAUAAGAAUGUUGCUUUAACUUUCGUCAUUGGUAUCCCACUUUGACAAUAACACGGACGAGCUUGAAACAGUUCAUCUCAUGAAUAACUGAGGAUUCAGGAGUCGUGGGCAGCUGAGUCUGUUAUGAUGUUUUUAUCAGGGUAAAUCGCAGAUUACCCAACUCUGAUCUGACUGUCUACCCUAAGAGGAUAUUGGUUUGCAAUAUAUAUUUAAAAAAUUUCCUUCUUGAAGUACUUCCAGAAAAAUAAACCUUUUGUGUGCAUUGCGGCUUCAUGCAUUCCCCCUCUGCAAUGCUGUAGUGCUGGUGCUGAUAAUGGUUUGCUGGGAAUACAGAGCUGUACUGGAGAUAAAGGCUGAUAACUGCCACAAAAACCCAGGGAUUGCAGAUGCAAAACAAUGAGCCUGAAGUGUAAUCAAGCCAAAACAUCAACAUCAAUGCAAAAAUUCACAUGCAGCGUCGUAUGGUUUCAGCGUUUAGUGUACACCGGUACAUAAAAUCUAUUUAACAGAAUAGCCAAACGAGGUUUUAAAACUGAAGAAUUAUGUGUUAGAUUGUGUUAAUAUGUGGAAUAUGGAAGCACUUGGUGCUGUGGCCCCUGGACAUAUGAACAGCACACAUUAAUGCACAGGAUUGAUUUCUGUCAGUUUUAAUAUUGCUGUGCAGUAUU